AUGAAGAUCUUCCUCGUCUUUUCCGCUUUGUUGGCACUGGCUGCUGCCAAGUACUUCACCACUGGCAAUGACCAUUUGGAUGUGGAUGAAGUCAUGCGGCAUCCAGAUCGGAUUAGGAAAUUCGUGGAAUGCUUUGUGGACCGUGCACCUUGCGAUGCUCUUGCAGAAUCCUACAAGGUAAUCAUGCCUGAAGCCAUCUCCACCGCUUGUCGGAGAUGCAACGACCCCCAAAAGCACAUGUGGCAGCGGUUCCUGUGGGGUCUGAGAGUGCACUACCCCCACUACUACGAAGCUUACCGUCAGAAAUACGACCCCAAGAACAUAUACAUGGACGACAUGGAAAGGGCCGUAGCUGAUUUUUAA